AUGUCUCCGCGUCGCUCGUCGCGGGCUCGCACCACCCAGCCCCCACCCAGUGUCGCGACAGUCCACAGCGGCUCCUCGUCUUCCGUCUCAUCAGCCCGCGCAGAUCGUGCGCCGAGGGUGAAUCAGAAUCAGUCGCCACCGCACAAGUCGUUAACCCCACACUCGCUCUCCUCAGAAGAGCCCGAAGAGCUACCUCGCGGUUCGCAAGCCGAGCCACCCCUCACCCGACGUCGAACGCGCGAACAAGACAACGACGAAGACGAAUCCGCCAAGCUCGACGACGAGCUGGACGAUGAUAUGGCCGAGGAAGACGAGGUCACACGAUGCGUGUGCGGCUUCCAAGACUACCCGGGUCCGCCAUCGGAUGUUGGCAAGUCUGGUUCUGCUCUGACAGAUCCUGACGUUCAAGGUGAUGACCUAGGUGGUCUGUUCAUUCAAUGCGAUAUCUGUAAAGUCUGGCAGCACGGCGGAUGCGUCGGAAUCAUGGACGAGCCUGCCAGCACCGAAGAGUACUUCUGCGAGGAGUGCAGAAAAGAUCUCCACAAGGUCAUGAAGAGUCCCAAGGGUCAACGGUAUUCUCGCUACCUCCCCAUCUACGAGCAACAGCAUGGCAAGCACCGCAAAUCGUCUGUUUCGAAAGACACAGAGAGACACUCUAGUAGAGAUAAAGAUCGCGAAGCGAGAGCUAGUGUCGAUUCAUUUGGCAAGCGUCGGUCAACGAUGAACAGUCGAGCAGCCUACGACGAAGACGAAGUGCUGAAGAAGGUGCUGGAGGAGAGCAAGCAUGAUGGCGCUCCUCCCUCGGAGAGCGGCAAUCGUAAGAAGCGGAGUCGUGACGAUAGCGAAGAAACCAAACCUGAAGUCAAACGACAGCGCACAAGCUCGCGGUCUCCUAGCAAUUCGCCCGUCCUUGAAUCUGAAGACGAUAGCACAAAAGCCUCUGCACCAAAACAGAAGCCGCGCGGUGCCGCAGCACGAAGUCAGCGUGAGAAGGAACUACGCGAGAAAGAGCGAGAGCAAGAACGUACCGAAGCUUCAAACAGGCGAAAGGGGCGCGCAGAACGGAGAAAAGCAGACGAACUUGCGGGUAUCGAGCCUGAGCCUGAGCCCACGCCCGCCGAAGAGCCCGCCAUGCCUCCUGCAGCCUCCGAAUCUGCACCACCAGACACACCUAUCACAGACUUCAAGCCGGCUCCCGCCCCGCGGAGAGGCGGCCGUCCACCACAAAAGUCCCGCGGUCGCCUAGGUCGAAAUCAGUACUCGCGAGAUACGGUACCUGCAACUAAUGGCACAUCACCGCAGAACGAUACUGGGCACUCGCCGCAAGCGAGUGCUACGAACGGCGCAAGCAAUGGACAUGACAGCAGUGACGGCACAGCUGGGCACAAGCCGGCAAAGCCGAAAACAUGGCGUUUGCAGAAGCUUUCUUGGAACGACAUCCGGCGGCCUGCAGGAGCUAUGCAGAGUUACAUAGCCCAGCGACAAGUUGAGAUGGCAGGCGAGAAACACCCUUCCCCAGCUCCAGCUGUCCAGCCCGCUACGGCCACAACGAACGGAGAGCCAAGCCAGGAAGGGGCAAAGGAAGAAGGCACGGAUAUAGCCAAGUUCAAGCAUCUCAGCACAACACAGAUGAUGGACUACCUAAGCCGGGAUCUCGUACACUGGCAGCAGAUGAUCUCUGAGCCGACGGAGAAGUGA